UUUAACUUGGGGACAAGGCUCACCUGUUUCACUUGAGGCAUUAGGUCCCAGUCCCACGCCUGACAGCAAAAUGUCUGACAAGGGAGAAUUCGAUACCAACGUGUUGACCCUCACCAGGUUUGUUCUGGAGCAGGGCAGGAAGGCCCAGGGAACAGGGGAGUUCACCAACCUGCUCAACUCCAUCUGCACAGCCGUCAAAGCAAUUUCCACAGCUGUCAGGAAGGCUGGUAUCGCUAACCUAUAUGGGAUCGCUGGAAGCACCAAUGUGACGGGGGACCAGGUGAAGAAGCUGGACGUCCUGUCCAAUGACCUGGUCAUCAACAUGAUCAAGUCCUCCUUCUCCUCCUGUGUGCUCGUGUCGGAGGAAGAUGAGAAGGCCAUCAUCGUGGACCCAGACAACAGAGGAAAAUACAUUGUGUGCUUCGAUCCACUGGAUGGUUCCUCCAACAUUGACUGUCUGGUUUCUAUUGGAACAAUUUUUGCCAUCUACAAAAAGAGCACGGACGAUGAGCCUUGUGAGAAUGAUGCUUUGCAACCUGGAAGAAACAUGGUUGCUGCAGGUUACGCUCUGUAUGGCAGUGCCACCAUGAUGGUCCUCUCCACUGGACAGGGAGUCGACUGCUUCAUGCUCGACCCCGCAAUCGGUGAGUUCAUCUUGGUGGAUCGGGAUGUGAAGAUUAAGAAAAAGGGAAAAAUCUACAGCUUGAAUGAGGGAUAUGCGCAGCACUUUUACCCAGAUGUGACCGAGUACCUGCAAAAGAAGAAAUACCCAGAGGAUGGCUCUGCUGCAUAUGGCAGUCGGUAUGUUGGCUCAAUGGUAGCUGAUGUUCAUCGUACUCUGGUUUACGGAGGAAUCUUUUUGUACCCUGCUAAUGUCAAGAGUCCAAAGGGCAAGCUGAGGCUGCUGUACGAAUGCAACCCCAUGGCCUUCAUCAUGGAGCAGGCAGGAGGCAUGGCCACCACAGGAUCCAUGAACGUUCUGGACAUCCAGCCCACCAAUAUCCACCAGCGAGUCCCUGUGGUCCUCGGAUCCCCUGAUGAUGUGCAGGAAUACAUUUCCAUUUUCAAGAAGCAUAACAAAUGAGCAGGCAGAGUCUGGAGUCUGGAGCUUACAAGACCCAAUCAGCACAUUUCUUUCUACUCAUUCCCUCGCUGCACUGAUAAAGGAACCUGGAGCCUCAAUGGACCUAUGAACACCUCACACAGUGGUCAUUACACACACUUAUUGUGGUGUGUGUUAUUUGAAGGGACUCACCCUGUAUUUUUUAAAUAAACACAAAUGAAACGAU